AUGGCUCUUCUAUUUGUUAUAAGACACAGUUUUCCAGUUACUGGAGAAAUCAAGAAGAUGGUCUCAUCAAUGGCAGAUUCAACAACUCCAUUGCUCACAGAAACUCCCGUUCUCCAAGAUUCAGACCACCCAAGAUUACAGCCUCUUCCCAAGCCUGAUUUUUGGUCCAUUGAGGAGAUGAUAGAGCCAUUGAUGAGUGGAUUUGGGUGGUGUCAAAUUCUCCAAGUCAUUCUUGUUUCCAUGGCUUCAUUCUUUGAAGGCCAGCAAACCUUCAUUACCAUCUUCACUGAUGCCACCCCUUCAUGGCACUGCACAGAUUCAUUCUGCAACUCUCAAUCAGACAUUUGUGAGCUUCCCACAAAUUCAUGGAGUUGGGAUAAGCCAUCCCACACCUCCAUUAUUUCUGAAUGGUCUCUUUACUGUUCUGAGAGUUCAGUCAUCACUGGCUUGCCUUCUUCUUCCUUCUUCCUGGGCUGCUUUCUUGGUGGAAUAGUGCUGACUCUCAUUGGGGACUCGUUCGGGCGAAAAACUGUCCUUUCCUUGUCCUGUUUCACCAUGUCAUUGGCUUCUGUCUUCUCUGCUUUCUCUGCAAACAUAUGGGUUUACUCUGGUUUGAGGCUCGUGAGUGGAUUAGGCCGGGCGGCUAUUGGGUCGUGCGUCUUGGUUUUGUCCAGGGAGAGUGUGGGGAAGAAAUGGGAAUCACAAGUGGGAACUCUUGGAUUCCUUUGUUCUACAUUGGGAUUCUUAUCCCUCCCUGGAAUUGCUUAUCUCACCCAGGGCUAUUCCUGGAGGGUUCUGUAUCUUGCCACUUCUCUUCCUGCUGUCAUUUACAGUCUCAUUUUGGUCCAAUUCUGUGUUCAUGAGUCCCCGAGAUGGCUCCUAGCCCGAGGCCGUGUGGAUGAAGCAGAAGCUGUUCUCAACAAGUUUUCGGAUAAUCCUAAUUCCAGGAACUUAGACUUAUCUGAAGUGCUGCUAACCAUGAACCCGAAAAGUACUAAAACCCCUCAAUCAGCAGUUAAGAUUCUGGUGCAAAAAGGAUGGGUUUUCAGACAAUUAGUGCUGGCAAUGCUAGCUGGAUUUGGGAUUGGAAUGAUAUACUAUGGAAUGCCACUAGGCGUUGGCAACUUGGACAUCGAUCUCUACUUAAGCACCGCUUUGAACGCGUGCCUCGAAAUCCCCUCGAGUCUGAUCAUCUACUUCGUGGUGGACAAGUGGAAGAGGAGAACGAUGCUGGUGGGGCUGAGCACCGUGAGCGGUGUGAGCGGGAUGUUAUGCAUCGUGUUGAGCGAAUGGAAGGCUGCAGAGUGCACGGUGGAGCUGGUUUCGCUCUUCGCAGCCUGCACGGCCUUCUCUUUGCUGCUGAUAUUCACUGCAGAACUGUUCCCUGUGAGCAUUAGGAACUCUGCAAUUUCUGCAGUGUGGCUGGCAGUGGUGCUUGGUGGGGUGGUUAGUCCUGUCCUGCUUGCCUCAACAGAUGAGAAGAAUAAGGUUUGGUCAUAUGUUGUGCUUGGGGUUUUGGCCAUUGUUUUAGGGUCUGCUGUCAUUUGUCUGCCUGAAACAAUGGGAUCAAUAGAAGAAGAAGAAGGAAUGGAUGAUCAGAUAGUAUAG